CCAUACAUUAUGACUAUAAUAAUCCUUAAACAAGACUCAGUGAUCUCAGUUGAAUUUGUUCAGCUUAAAUCUCUAAAACGGUCUCUCUUCUGCAGGUGUGUUUGGUUAUACGGAUGAAGUGAAGUCAGUGAUGGAGGGAGAUUCUGUCACUUUAUAUACUGAUCUUACUGAAAUACAGAAAGCUGAUCUGAUACUGUGGACGUUUGGGUCUGACAACACUCGAAUAGUUCAAAUCAACAGAAUGGCCAAUAAGAUCUCAUUAUAUGAUGAUGCUCUUGACGGGAGAUUCAGAGACAGACUGAAGGUGGAUCAUCAAACUGGAUCUCUGACCAUCACAGACACCACAACUCAACAUACUGGAGUUUACAGAUUUUUACAGAUCAUUGAUGGAAAAGAGGUGCUGCCCAAGAAAUUCCGUAUUAUUAUUUCCGCUCAUCUGCCUGUUCCUGUCAUCAGCAGAAACUCUUCUCAGUGUUCUUCACCAUCAGGAUCAUCAGCGUCCAGAUGUGUGCUGCUGUGUUCAGUGUUGAAUGUGAGUCAUGUGGCUCUCUCCUGGUACAAAGGAAACAGUUUAUUGUCCAGCAUCAGUGUGUCUGAUCUCAGCAUCAGUCUCUCUCUACCUCUGGAGGUGGAAUAUCAGGAUAAAAACAGCUACAGCUGUGUGCUCAACAAUCCCAUCAGCAACCAGACCACACAUCUGGACAUCACUCAACUCUGUCACACAUGUGCAGCACCAGGUUUGUCCACAGGUCAUAUAGCGCUGGUUUGUGCUUGUGCUCUGGCUGUGGCUGCAGUUUUGUGUGGUAUUUAUUAUUACUGCCAGCGCAAGACGCGUAAAAAGGCAAGAUAAAGGCGAUGAACCUGACGGAGAGGAACUCAAGAGCCUAAAAGGUGUAGUUCCUGGAAACAAUGGAGACGUUCAUCAGCCAAACCAUGAUGGGGAAACGUCUAAUGAGGACAGACAUUCAAAAAAUGGUGUGCUUCUUAAGGAAGAUAAAAUCACAUCAAUGCCAGUGAUUGAGGGACAAUCUGUCACGCUACACACUGAUCUUACUGAAAUACGGGAAAUUGACAUGAUAUGGUGGAAGUUUGCAGAUUCCAAAGAACGCAGUUGUGCUAAAUUUGUUUUAAUAGCUACGCUGAAUAAAACAAACAAUGAGGUAAACCUAUAUAAUGAAACAAUUCAACAAUUCAAAGACAGUUUGAAACUGAACCUCGAUACAGGAUCUCUCACCAUCACAAGCAUCACACCUGAACAUUAUGGAUUUUAUAAACUACACAUCACCAGCAAAGAAUAGAUGGUCGUUCAUACCUUCAGUGUUGUUGCUCAAAACCUAAUUAGAAGAGAGCGGACCCAAAGACUUCUCCAGAGGAGUCAAACCUGCCCAUGAUUACAACAGAUGACCUUAUAGUAUAUAAAGACUGGAAUAUUAUCCACAUUUCAAUUCCACUGACAAAAACAAGAAACAUUUUCUACUUUUCUCAACAAUCUAACAUCCCUAAUGACCAAAAAAAACACUUUAAUGACAAAGGUAAAGUUGAGUGUUCAAUAUGAACUGACAUAAAACACAACAUAUGUCACACUACACUUGCAUUUGUCCA